UGAAUGAUAUCCUUCAUGAAAUAAAUGGUAGCAAAGUUUUCUCAAAAUUGGAUCUCAAAUAUGGAUAUCACCAGUUAGAGCUUGAAGAGAAAUCGAGAGAAAUCACAACCACUGUCACUCACAAGGGACAUUAUCGAUAUACACGUCUAAUUUUUGGUAUGAAUAAUGCAUCAGAAUAUUAUCAGUAUCAUAUUGGUGAUGCAAUUCGCGAUUGCGAAGGUGUGCAUAAUAUAUCGGACGAUAUUAUCGUACAUGGAAAGGAUCAAGCUGAGCACGACGAAAGGCUUGAAAAGUUGCUGAUGACCCUAGUGAAAAAAAAUCUUACACUUAAUCCUGAAAAGUGCCAGUUUCGCAUGACUGAGCUUACAUUUAUGGGAUACCUUUUAUCAGAAAGAGGUAUUGGUCCAACUAACACCAAAGUUGAAGCUGUAAAGAAUGCAAGGCGACCUGAGACCGCAUCGGAAGUGCGUAGUUUCCUUGGAUUGGUUAACUUUUCUGCGAGGUUCAUUCCUGACCUGGCGACAACAUCCGAACCUCUUCGACAGUUGACGAGGAAAGGCGUGGUUUUCCAGUGGACUAAAGUACAUGAAAACGCUUUUAACAAGUUAAAGUCCCAAUUAGCAAAUGCAGAGUCACUUGCAUAUUUUGACAAAGAUGCCAAAACGAAGAUUAUCGCAGAUGCAAGCCCAGUAGGUCUCGGUGCUGUUUUAAUUCAAGAGCAAGAUGGCGAAGAAAGAGUCGUAAGUUAUGCUAGUCGAUCUUUAACAAGUGUGGAGAGACGAUAUAGCCAGACUGAGAAAGAGGCUCUCGGUUUAGUUUGGGCGUGCGAAAGAUUUCAUGGUUAUCUCUAUGGGAGUAAGUUUGAAUUGAUCACUGAUCAUAAGCCUUUGGAAGUCAUUUAUUCAAAGAAUUCAACGCCACCAGCCAGGAUACAAAGAUGGGUACUACGUUUACAGUCGUAUGAUUUUACAGUCACGUAUAGACCUGGAGCGCAAAAUAUUGCUGACGCACUGUCCAGAUUGACCAUGAACACAAGCCCUAGUACCGAUGAUGCAGAAGAUUAUAUACGUUUUGUGGCAAAGAAUGCAGUUCCAAAUGCCAUCACAAUUCAAGAAGUGGAGAAAGAGUCAGACAAGGAUCCAGAACUUUCCAAGGUUAGAUCUUGUAUAUUGACUGAUGAUCAAUGGGAAUCGGUAGAUGUAGCAUAUAGAUCUGUCAGACAAGAACUUAGUGUUUUGGGAAAGUUAGUAAUUCGUGGUACACGCCUAGUGAUUCCGAAGAUAUUACAGAAGAAGGUCCUGAAUUUGGCACAUGAGGGACAUCAAGGAAUCGUUAAGACCAAACAGCGUUUAAGAAGUAAAGUUUGGUGGCCAAAUAUUGAUAAGGAGGCAGAAAAAGAAUGUCGUACAUGUCAUGGAUGUCAGGUGGUGCAAUUACCUUCUCGUCCAGAACCAAUGGUAAGAACACGUUUACCAGAAUCUCCAUGGGAAAUAAUUGCUUGUGAUUUACUUGGUCCAAUAAACAAUAAUAUUUACAUUCUAGCAAUAAUCGAUUAUUAUAGUAGAUGGAUUGAAAUAGAUAUUCUGAAAUCUAUUACAUCGUCAAAGAUUGUUCAGUCUUUAGAUCGAAUGUUUCUUACUCAUGGAUUACCAUGUGAGUUAACGUCUGAUAACGGUCCACAAUUUGUGUCUUCUGAGUUUGAGGAGUUUUGUGAGAAGAAUGGAAUUUAUCAUCGCCGUAUAACUCCAUUAUGGCCACAAGCAAAUGCUGAAAUCGAAAGACAGAUGAGAAAUCUAAACAAAGUAAUUAAAAUUUCUUAUGCGCAAGGAGGAAAUUUAGAGGAGGAACUUAAUAAAUUCCUAACAGCGUAUCGUACAACACCUCAUGGGACUACUGGAAAAGCCCCAGAUGAGAUGUUAUUCAAGAGACGUCUUCGCACAAAGAUACCUGAAUUGGUUCCUUUUGAUAAAUGUGAUGAAGAAGUACGUGAUAGGGAUGCAGUUCUCAAACAGAAAGGAAAGGAAUAUGCGGAUGACAAGAAGAAUGCAAAAUAUCCUGACCUCAAAGUUAAUGAUAAAGUUCUACUGCAGCAGCGUAAAACGUGUAAGACAACAACUAUGUAUGAACAUGAUCCUUACGAGAUUGUUGACGUGAAUGGUUCACAAGUGACAAUCAAAUCAGGUGAAGGUGUUUGCUACAAACGCAAUUCUUCACACGUUAGAAAAUUUGAAGAAUCAGAUUUACCAUCGGGAAAUGAACAUAUUGACGAGUCGGAACAUUUCAAAGAACCGGACACUAAUGAACAAGUGAUAGAUAAAUCGUUGGUCGUUGCUGAACCAAGACGUUCAUCCAGAAGUACAAAAGGAAGAGCUCCAGAGAGACUUGAUUUAUGAAGAGGCAUCGUAACGAUAAGUACAAACAGUAUAUAUUAGACAUUAAGAUUAUCAAUUAGAAGUUAAAAAUAAUUGUUCUAAAACAUUGUCUUUUGCGAACAGUUAGACAUACUUAACAGUUAGAUACACUUAACAUUUUUAAUUAUAAAAAAAAUUAGAAGAAAAAAAGGGAUAUAGUGUUUAGAGAUAAUGUACAGUUAAUAUAUGCAUAAUAGAUUAGUAUGGAUAGUUAGGUAUAAAUAUGGAUCGUAGAAGUCGGCCAUAUUGAUUAUUGUACUUCAGUAACACAUGUACAAGUUAGUAAGUUUUUCUGGUUGAAAUAUAAAUCUCUUAUAAGAAAGAGACACUAAAGUAACGUUGUGCAUAUUUGUUUGUUUUUGUGUUGUGAUUUUUUUCGUUUUAUAUAAAAUUCAAGAAGGUUUACUCUACAACAAGACUAUUUAAAAGACGUCGUGGGCAUUGUUUGAAUGAGAGACUACUCGACAGGCUAACAGAUUCAGGUAUAUUAAAAAGAUAAUAGGUAUAAAAAAUUCAGCUGGCUUUAAUUAAAUAUAGUCGGUAGUCCUGAUUUAAUGUUACUGUCGUUCCAAUUGAAGUGUUCGUCAAAUAUUGAUUCAAUACAUUACCUCGGGCUGACCAAUUUAUUUCAUCAAGUUCCUCGAGAUAUUCAUACACUUCCUAGUAUAAUUGUAAACUUCCUGUUGAAUAGUUUGAAUGCACCAAUCACCUUUGUUGUUUGUGCAACUAACCAAUCAUGAAUAGAAAGGAAGUGACCAAAAAUGAUCAAAUUCUUGGAAUUGGCUCUUUCACAGGAAGUGUAUGAAUAUCUCGAGGAACUUGAUGAAAUGAAUUGGUCAGCCCGAGGUAAUGUAUUGAAUCAAUAUUUGAGGAACACUUCAAUUGGAACGACAGUAAUAUGUCUUCAUAUACUCGGGUUCUGUCCACAAAUUUUCUUUUUUGGAAUGUGUUACGAAACGGUAGACAGAAAAGACUCCUUCCAAUGCUCCCAGUCGGUAUUUAUAUUGUCAGAUGACUCCGAUAUGGUUGAGGACAAAUUAAUCUCCCCUAAGGCAGCACACAGAGCGUGCAUGUUGCCCUUCGUAUAGUUAUAUAUGGUUCUUGCUGACUUUCCAGGUUGUUUGAGAAAAGCCGAGAAAUCGAACGAGAUCGUAUGAUGGUCGGUGAACAUGGAUGUUUCUUCUGGAGACAAUAUUUGCGUCAGGCGAAUAUGAUCGGGAGUAUUUGUUAUAACAAGGUCCAGAAUGUUAUUUCCUUGUGUCGAGGUGUUGUUUAGCUGGGAUAAGUAGUGGUCGUUCAGCAGCUGUACGAAGACGAGUUUGUUGACACCAGUUGUGUUCUCCAUUAUGUCCCAGUGAAUGUUUGGAAGAUUGAAAUCGCCAGCAAUAAUGAUAUUUCCGUAAAGGUCACAGAUGGUCUGCAAAUAGAUCUUAAACCUGUCCAUCCAACAUUGGUCAGCAUCUGGAGGGCAAUAACAACAGCAGUAAAGUACUUUCUUAUUGGUCACUGUUCGUAACUCAGUUGAGACAAUCUCCAAUUCUUGCAGAUCUUCUCUGUCAAGCGAAAACUCCUUAACAGUUUUGAAAGAAUCCGUUUUUACAGCUAUAAGUACACCGCCACCACUUCGCUCUUUACAAUCUUUCCUGAAGAUGGAAAACCUAGGAUGCAGAAUUUCUUGAUCAGAUACUUUGCUAUUCAGCCAUGUCUCAUUCAUGCAGAUUACGUCAGAGUUCUCGUUAUAAACAAGGUCUUGAAAGCGCUGAGGGUUAUUAGGUUAGACUGUUCGUCUCUAUGGAAGCUCUUUAGACUUCUUGCAUUGAGAACAAGACUCUUAACUUGGCCGCCAUGAGUUGAAAAGGCUCCGGGAUUUGUUGCCACAUCACCAGCCAAUAGAAUGAGUAAAAUCAUGUGAAGUGGUUUUCGGUUGAUUAGUAGACUCAUUCCGUAACGAUAGUUAAACGAUAGUUAGAUAAACCAUAGUUAGAUUUUUCCCAAAAAUUCUUGGCGAGCGUGGGGGGGGGGACGUCACCAAAAAAAUUUUCAGGAGAUAUCAAAGAAAUAUUCCGUAAUUUCUGCCAAAUCCGAAAAAUUUUUCACAGAAUAUUGAAAUUUUUAUGUUUUGACCAAUUUCGCAUUGAUUAUUGCCCGACCGUUAAAAUUUUGGGGGACACAUGCUAAUCUUCCAGUAGACCCAGUUGGGAAAGCCCUCAAUUGGGAAAAGUCCGUCAAACGGACAGUAUAUGGGCUAGCUAAUGGCAAUGUUUGCUGUGAUUGUCAGAUUUACUUUAAUAACACCUCUUGAGUUGCAUUAAGCUUUCACAUUGAUUGAUUUCAACCAGAGGUUUAUUUUUCCUCUCCCCUUUGCAAUGAAAAUAAUAAAAAUAAACCUCUGGAACCAGGGUAGGCUAGCCUGCUUGUGAAUGUUUAUAUGGAGAGAUUUCCAUCCCGGUAAGCGAGAUCUCGCCUCUUUCAAGCAAGAUGGGCCAGCCCACUUGUCCAUAUAAAUGCACGAUAGUUUUUACUAUAAAAAUAACUACACAGUGAGAUCUCGUUUACCGGGCUGGCUCGCUUAGCAGGCCAGCCCGGCUUCCAUAUAAACAGGCCCCAGUAAGCAUAUUCUAUGUACAUGCUGAGAAGAAGCUAUAGUUUUGUUGGUGUGAUUUUUUUUAAACUUUCAGCGGCUAUGUUGUUUGAGCCAAAACAAGCUAGGUUACAUGAAGUUCCGGUUUGAACGUAAAAAAAUAAUUUCCAAUGUUUGCCUGAAGAACAUGGUCUGUAUUUUUGUUGAUUUUAAAAUGUUUAGCAAGCAAAAAUUGUUGUGUUACAAUCGUGGUUGAGUCAAACAAUACGUGGAAAGCAAAAAUAGCGAAGCUAAAGAGAUAAAAAUUAGAUUUAGUGUGUAUUUUUGAAAUAUUUUACCACUAAAUAUGGUAGUCCCAGUGAACUCUAAUAAGACCACCAAUACCACCAGCUCCUCAACAAAUGCCCCUAGACAACCCCUAUGUUCCACCAGCUCCACAGAUGCCCCUAGACAACCCCUAUGUUCCACCAGUUCCUCGUCAGGUACCCCUAGUCAAUCCCCAAGUACCACCAGCUCAUCAACAGGUGUCCCACCCUGAACCUUCAGCUUCCCAUAGUCAGCCAACACCACGUCCCUUUAACCCUUCAGCAACAACAGGUCUUAUUAGAGUUCACCAUUGAACUAUAAAUAAACUGGAAGGCUAACUGCUAUGAUGAAGGCCUAUGAUUUGAUGAAGCCAAAAUAGUUUUUCUGAGUUAUGAGCAGAAAUACUUGACCCCAAACGUCGGCUAUAUAUCAAAAUGAAGCUAUUGAAAAUUGCUAUUCGGUGUGGAAAUUUCAAGACUUCAGCGAAAAGAAAAAUAUUUAAAAAAUACAAAAACAACUGCAAAAUGGCAAAUUAUCGGUAAUUAUGUUUGUAGUUUUUCAAUAUUUCCCUUUUAGCUAAAGUCUUGAAAUUUCUAUACCAAAUAGCAUUUUUCAAUAGCUUCAAUUUGAUAUAUAGCCCAACGUUCAGUGUUGAGUAUUUCUGCUCAUAACUCAGAAAAACUAAAAUGCACUGGCUUCAAUUUCCCCCCUGAGUUAGCCUUCAAGUUUUUAUGGGUAGUCCCCCCCCGUCCAUGACACUUGUGACGUCAUUAUAUACGGGACUUUGGGGGCGGGUUUUGGCGGGAAAAUCUGUAAUGUUUGGAGAAGACAAGAUGGCGCUGGUUACCUCGUGUUAUAUCAAAGAGCAUUUUUGUUCACAAAUACCUGCUUAUUUUACGUUUUAGCGACUCGUUAGUCUUGGAAAUUAUAACUCAAUGGACAGGGAAAACGAUUCUGUAUUAAAGAGAAAAGGAUGUGCAGUUAUUGUGAUGUUAUUUGUUGUGAAAGGCGGCCCGAAAUUUCGCUACUUCGCUGUACUGGUUUAUAAAACAUUCACAAGCAACAGCGAAUGAACUAUGCGGCAAAGAAACCAAUGUGUACAAGCCAAUCAAGUUCUUCAGUUUAAAGGUCAGUUUACUUCUUAAUAAUUAGUUCAUUUAGUUGUAUAUUGAUACGAAGUUUGAUUUGCUAUAUUAAAAUUUGUACUGUAGUCUGAAUAUUUAAGAUAAACGUUUAUGGAUAAACAGUCAAACAGACCCCAACCCCUUCUCUAAACCUAACUAAUAAAUGUGUAAUGAACUAUUUAAGAGUUAAAAAGGUUGGGAGGAAAUUAAAAAAUAUUUUAUUUUACAGAGUUUCUGUACCAGCUGAUUGGGCUAACCUGUUCAUUUAUCUAUUUAUUUAUCAAAGUUUUGUAAUUUUAAUUUUAGUUCUUCAUCUCACAACAAACAGUAUCCACCAGAUCAUUUAUUGCUGCUUGUUGGACGCUGUAUCUUCUCCAGUUUUAACCAUACAACCUUGUGCAGGUAUGUGAAUCGAUGAUAUCUUUAUAGACAUUAAAAAAUAAAUGUACACAUUAAAAACGCACAGGCGUAACCAAUACUAGUCCAAUGUUCUGCCAACUGAGCUACAAGUUGGUUUGAGUUGAUGAUAUUUUGAAUCUGAGUCUAGUUCCUUCAAUCAUAUCAAUACACUGAUAUUGAAGGAACUAGACUCAGUUCUGAAAUAUCAUCAACUUGAACCGACUUGCAUACUAAAAAAAAGCAUGGCCGGAACCGGAACUCUGUCGUUUUCAGAGAGAUUUGUGUCUAACAAAAGGUCACAGUAGGAAGAAAUUUGGGAACGCAAAGGAAAUGUACACUAUUAACACUUCAUUAUGACGUUUAACGCUUUUUAUUCUAACAUUUGCGAGCUUUCUCCUUGAUGACUUGAAGUGUCUGCCUGUCUGGCAGUGGACAAAGUAACAUAUGACCAUAUAUGGCUUAAUAAAUUAGUUCCGGUUCCGGCCGGAACUUUUUCCAGUUCCAGUCAGAUCCGGUUCUGGCCUGAACUUAAAAAACUGGUUCCGGUGCACCCCUAAAGGUUGGGGGUUCGAUUCCCAUCAUGGCCAAGCUAACUUUUCAGCUGGUCUGAAUGCACACUCUAGAGUAACAUCAUAAUUUUCAGAAAGUUUUGAUGAUUAUCUUGGGUGAGUAGUACACAGCAGGCACAGAUUUUCUGGGGGGGGGGGGUGCACACCCAGUUGAUUUAUGUUGGACAAAGCUACAGUUUGAUCUGACACCAAUACACCACUCAGGCAGGGUUCGAAAUAACGGUUCGUGAAUCACGAAUCAAUUUUCAUUUUUCACCUUUAUAGAAAUUGAUCAAAAUCACGAAUCAAAAGUCUCUCAAAUUGGGCCAAAAAAAAAAAUAUGUGGGUUUCCGGUUUCUUCUUAUAAAAACUUAGGUAGGGUAGGUCGGUUUUAACUUUUUUUUUAAACUUUUUUUUUAUUUUUCCGAAUAAGCGGACGCCAUUUUGUUUAAUCAGUGCUUCCACAUCCAAAGAUAAAUUUCCCUAAUAUUGCCUCAAAUUUCAAUUUUCACAAACUUUUUCCUCUAAGUGGAAACACUUACAAGCAUGAUCCAAUAAAAAAGUUUAGGGUUGGGAUUUCAACGUCCAAAAGCUAGGUAGGGUCGGGAAACCGGAAACCCACAUAUUUUUUUUUUGGCCUUGGAUCGUUCCAGAAAAGAUCCAUACCCCCCCCCCACGGAGGAAACUUUUGCUGUCCGAAGGGGGAGGGAGUAAAAAUGUCUUAGGAUGUCUGAAGGGGGGGGAGAGGAAAAAUGUCUUAGGAUGUCCGAAGGGGGGCGGGGAGGGGGAGAGGAAUGUGGGAUAUGUUUGUCUGAAGGUUUGAGACUGUGAUAAAGCUAUGUGAUCGGCGAUUAUAUUGAGCACGCAAUUUUUAUCGUCUAUAUGUAGCUUUUGAACACCGGAACAUUUAUGUAACCGCAAUAAUUAUACGUCCACGUAACUUAUAAGCAAAAUAAGCGGCCCACUUUUGCAUGCAUGGCCACCAAAAACUAACUCGCUGUAACAGCGUAUCCUGCAUGUUAAGAAUGAGUCGAAAAUUGACACGCUUUAUUUAUAUAAAAGUAAAGUUUUGCAGUUUUCGUUCGUAUAUAUAAGUUUGAAUUAUUCAAGUGUUUUGAAUUAUUCAAGUGUUAAAAAUAAUAGUUAUUAAACUGUUGCUGGAAUUAUUAAGAGACUGCUAUGUGAACUGCUCGAGUAAUCUUGUUUCUGCUUCGGGCUGUGUUGCUAUUGUUCUUUGACUAUCGCAUGACGCAGGCAAAAUCCUUUGUGUACUAAACUUGUGUUUCAUCGUAUCUUUAAAAUUCUUUCGGCUUUGUUCCAUAUUUUAAGCUAGUACUGUUGUAGUUCUUCCAGUGUGUUCCUGCAAGUGAUUCCGGAACCAAAAAUUGUGAUAUUCAGUAAUGUUAUUUGCAUUCAAUCUGUGCUUAUCUGCCUGCUGUUUGCUAAGUAUUGUCUGUCAAAAGAACAAUGGCAAUGUGUGAAUAUUUUAAUGUUGUAUUCUAGCAAAGGUCUCGGGGGUCAUGUGCCUGAAAUAUUUUCUUUGAAAUUCGAUAUUAUGGCCGUUGCCAUGGAAAGUAGUGGGAAAGUCCACGUUUAUUAUUUAGCAAAGAAAGCUUUACUAUGAGCAAAUAAAUAUGCAUGGUGUUUAGUUUAGUGGAAAGAGUGGUAACUUAGUUAACUUGAUAUGGGGUACGCCUAAGCGUACCUAUUUUUAAAUGAAUGUCAAUAUACCCGCAACACCUGUCAAGUUUUGGGCCGCUGCCCGCUAAAUUAACACAAAAAUUUAUAUCAAUUUGUAACGUUGUGUUAUGACCAAUUUUGCAUUGAUUUUUGCCCGAACGUUAAAAUUUUGGGGGACACAUGCUAAUCUUCCAGUAGACCCAGUUGGGAAAGCCCUCAAUUGGGAAAAGUCUGUCAAACGGACAGUAUAUGGUCUAGCUAAUGGCAAUGUUUGCUGUGAUUUUCAGAUUUACUUUAAUAACACCUCUUGAGUUGCAUUAAGCUUUCACAUUGAUUGAUUUCAACCAGAGGUUUAUUUUUCCUCUCCCCUUGUAAAUAAUAAAAAUAAACCUCUGACCUCUGGAACCAGGGUAGGCUAGCCUGCUUGUGAAUGUUUAUAUGGAGAGAUUUCCAUCCCGGUAAGCGAGAUCUCGCCUCUUUCAAGCGAGAUGGCCCAGCCCGCUUGUCCAUAUAAAUGCAUGAUAGUUUUUACUAUAAAAAUAACUACACAGCGAGAUCUCGUUUACCGGGCUGGCUCGCUUAGCAGGCCAGCCCGGCUUCCAUAUAAACAGGCCCCCAGUAAGCAUAUUCUAUGUACAUGCUGAGAAGAAGCUAUAGUUUUGUUGGUGUGAUUUUUUUUAAACUUUCAGCGGCUAUGUUGUUUGAGCCAAAACAAGCUAGGUUACAUGAAGUUCCGGUUUGAACGUAAAAAAAUAAUUUCCAAUGUUUGCCUGAAGAACAUGGUCUGUAUUUUUGUUGAUUUUAAAAUGUUUAGCAAGCAAAAAUUGUUGUGUUACAAUCGUGGUUGAGUCAAACAAUACGUGGAAAGCAAAAAUAGCGAAGCUAAAGAGAUAAAAAUUAGAUUUAGUGUGUAUUUUUGAAAUAUUUUACCACUAAAUAUGGUAGUCCCAGUGAACUCUAAUAAGACCACCAAUACCACCAGCUCCUCAACUAGUGCUCCUAGACAACCCCUAUGUUUCACCAGCUCCACAAAUGCCCCUAGACCACCCCUAUGUUCCACCAGUUCCUCGUCAGGUACCCCUAGUCAAUCCCCAAGUACCACCAGCUCAUCAACAGGUGUCCCACCCUGAACCUUCAGCUUCCCAUAGUCAGCCAACACCACGUCCCUUUGACCCUUCAGCAACAACAGGUCUUAUUAGAGUUCACCAUUGAACUAUAAAUAAACUGGAAGGCUAACUGCUAUGAUGAAGGCCUAUGAUUUGAUGAAGCCAAAAUAGUUUUUCUGAGUUAUGAGCAGAAAUACUUAUAUCAAAAUGAAGCUAUUGAAAAUUGCUAUUCGGUGUGGAAAUUUCAAGACUUCAGCAAAAAGAAAAAUAUUUAAAAAAUACAAAAACAACUGCAAAAUGGCAAAUUAUCGGUAAUUAUGUUUGUAGUUUUUUCAAUAUUUCCCUUUUAGCUAAAGUCUUGAAAUUUCUACACCAAAUAGCGUUUUUCAAUAGCUUCAAUUUGAUAUAUAGCCCAACGUUCAGUGUUGAGUAUUUCUGCUCAUAACUCAGAAAAACUAAAAUGCACUGGCUUCAAUUUCCCCCCCUGAGUUAGCCUUCAAGUUUUUAUGGGUAGUCCCCCCCCCGUCCAUGACACUUGUGACGUCAUUAUAUACGGGACUUUGGCGGCGGGUUUUGGCGGGAAAAUCUGUAAUGUUUGGAGAAGACAAGAUGGCGCUGGUUACCUCGUGUUAUAUCAAAGGGCAUUUUUGUUCACAAAUACCUGCUUAUUUUACGUUUUAGCGACUCGUUAGUCUUGGAAAUUAUAACUCAAUGGACAGGGAAAACGAUUCUGUAUUAAAGAGAAAAGGAUGUGCAGUUAUUGUGAUGUUAUUUGUUGUGAAAGGCGGCCCGAAAUUUCGCUACUUCGCUGUACUGGUUUAUAAAACAUUCACAAGCAACAGCGAAUGAACUAUGCGGCAAAGAAACCAAUGUGUACAAGCCAAUCAAGUUCUUCAGUUUAAAGGUCAGUUUACUUCUUAAUAAUCAGUUCAUUUAGUUGUAUAUUGAUACGAAGUUUGAUUUGCUAUAUUAAAAUUUGUACUGUACUCUGUAGUCUGAAUAUUUAAGAUAAACGUCUAUGGAUAAACAGUCAAACAGACCCCAACCCCUUCUCUAAACCUAACUAAUAAAUGUGUAAUGAACUAUUUGAGAGUUAAAAAGGUUGGGAGGAAAUUAAAAAAUAUUUUAUUUACAGAGUUUCUGUACCAGCUGAUUGGGCUAACCUGUUAAUUUAUCUAUUUAUUUAUCUAUCAAAGUUUUGUAAUUUUAUAUUUUAGUUCUUCAUCUCACAACAAACAGUAUCCACCAGAUCAUUUAUUGCUGCUUGUUGGACGCUGUAUCUUCUCCAGUUUUAACCAUACAACCUCGUGCAG